GUUUUACACAUAGGACCUGCUCAAAGGAACACACAAUGCUGCACUGAAAACAACACUUGUUGGCAUUAAAGGAAGCUGCUCACUGAGCUACAGGAGGACUCAGGGCCGGGGGAGCUGCGUGAGAAAAAGGAAAGGAUUGAUCAGGCAAAGCAACGAGCUUUCCACAUGAUCGUGGUCAUAAUGGGAGCACUGCUGCUGAAAUGUGCUGGCAUUCUGAUUUGUUCUGGCAUAGAACAAUUUUCAUGGGUGGACCUAAAAGUUUUAUGUGUGAUGUGGGAAGGAACAAACUUGCUAUCUGUCCCCAGCAGUCUGUUUCUUCCUCUGCUGUUUCUGCAAAGAGCAAAAAAACUGUUAUGUUGUGCAUCCUGAAUCAGGGUAGAAUCAGAGGAAUCAGGACCUUAGGGAUGUGAAAAUGGAGUGCUUGGAUUGAAACUAUUAAAACUUUAUGAAUUAAAACAAGUCUAGAAGACUUUUGUAUACUAAUGCUUAUGAUUUCAAAUGUCAAAACUGGAGUGAAUCUCAUGUUGAUAAUGUGUCUCCUCAGACAGUGCCACCUUAUGUUAAUUAAUGUAAUUCUUGCACUGCACAGACUUUUAAAGCAUUGAAGGGUGUCAGGGUUCCUGGGUCAGUGACCCAGUGUUUUCUGUUUUUUCAGAUUCAGCUCAUUUUGUCACUCGUUCUCAUUUCCUGUUGUUCUGUUCCUGUCGCUUCUAUGUAUCAUUAGUUCUAUAAUGUUCAGCUGUUCAUUCACCUGUUUCCAAUCAGUUAUUAUUCAGCCGGUGUAUUUAAGUCCUCAGUUUCAUCCUGGUCAUUGUCAUUGAUGUUGUUCUUGUCGUGUGUUCAGUUCAGCCAGCCAGCUUGUCUUCCGUCGUCCCUGUUUCCAAUAAAACCUCCUCAUUCUGCACCAAGAGUCCUGCGUGUGGGUCAUCUCUUCCUCACCUCCGCACACGAACCCUGACAGAAUGACACGACCCGUGCCACGAAGACACGUUUUUGGCCCAGCGGACUCAGAUCUGUUCGAGCGACAGGAGGCAGCGCUCUCCAUUUGGGCGGAGGAGCUUAAGGAGAAACAGCGGCUCUUCGCAGAGCGAGAGGACGUCUUCAGGGGGACUCUCCUGGCUCAGGCUGAUAAUUUUUCUCAGAUCACUAUUUCUUCACCUACCUGUCAGCCUGUUCCGGUUUCAUCAGCCCAGGCCACUGUUAAAAGUAAUCAUGCACCUAAACCUGUCAGUAUCACUCACCCAGUCAUUAUUUCCACCACUAUCAGUCAGCCAACACCCACACCUGUGCCAGCUCCCAGGACGAGGGCAGCUGUGAUCCAGUCCACUUCUGCACCCGUUCCUGUUCCUCGGGUAGGGGUGACUGGUGUCCAGCUACCUCCCGUGCCUGUCCCAGCGCCCAUGGUGAGGGCAGCCAGGGUCCAACCUGAACCCCCUAGAGACUCAGCUGAGGCUCUCCAGCCGCUGACCUCUCGCUCUGAACGCUUGGAAGAGCUAACCUGUCCACCUAGUCCACCACCUCAUCCAUCUCCUAACCCAGCUUUCCGGGCCCUAGCUCAGUCCCUAGUUAGGCUAGCUGAUCUGUUCCCAGCUCAAGCACCAGAUUUGCUAGCACAGGCUGCAGCACUGUCACCAUCUUUAGCUCUACCAGUAGCUUCGCCAACCUCUGCUCAUCCAUUAGCCUCCCCAGUCCAGUCAGUUCAUUCGCCUGCUGUUCAGCUUUCAGUCCAGUCAGUCCAGUUACCUGCAGCUCAGUCUCCUGUUCUCCAGUCAGUCCAGUCUCCUCUUGCUCCCCAGUCAGUCCAGUCUCCUCUUGCUCCCCAGUCAGUCCAGUCUCCUCCUGCUCCCCAGUCAGUCCAGUCUCCUCCUGUUCCCCAGUCAGUCCAGUCUGUCGCCCAGUCUCCUGUAGUACAGUCAGUCCAGUCUCCUCCUGCCCAGUCAGUUCAGUCUCCUGUUCCCCAGUCAGUCCAGUCUCCUCCUGCUCCCCAGUCAGUCCAGUCUCCUCCUGUUCCCCAGUCAGUCCAGUCUGUCGCCCAGUCUCCUGUACCAGAGGUUUCCGCACCUGCUGGCCCUCCGCCGGCUACCACGCCGUCGUCUGCGGCCGCUGCUCCGCCUCCGUCGGCUCCGACGCCGUCGCCUGCAGCUGCCGCUCCACCACCUACUCCUCGUCCACGUCGGAUUCGGUGUCAGUGGCCACCUUCCAGGCUGCUGACUGGACCUCGUCGCCGGUGUUGUCGACCCCGGACCUGCUCAGUCGCCGCCACUGCCUUCCACGUGGUUGACCUCCAGACCUGCUCAGUAGUCGCCACUGCCUUCCGCAUGGUCAGCCUCCGGUCUGCUCAGUCACUUCAGCCGCUGGCCACGCGGCCGCCCACCAGAACUGUUUCGGCUCAGCUGCUGGCCACGCGGCCGCCCACCGGAACUGUGCCUGUGUGGGUCAUCUCUUCCUCACCUCCGCACAGGAGCCCUGACAAAGGGUAA